AUGUUUUUGCUAUCGAAAGGCCUUCAGAUGGAGAAUUUCUUGGACAUUUUUCACUUUUGUGUUCGUUGGCUACCUAUUCUUAUCAUCUUUUUACUUAUUACGAAGUACCUUUUGGGAGUAAAGAGAGCUAUUAAGUCACCUCUUUCGCGCAUCCCAGGCCCUUGGUAUGCCCCUUUAACGACAUUACAUCUCAGCUACGCUUUCGCGAAGGGUACAAUCUGGAAAGAUGUCGAGAAAGCCCAUCGGAAAUAUGGCCCCAUCUUUCGACUCGGACCACGUCAAGUGUGGAUCUCCGAUAUGGAAGCCAUGAAAGCUAUUUUGAUGACGGUUGAUCUUCCAAAGGUGACAAUGUAUGCUGAGAUUUCCAGAGACCGGACAGCUCCAGGACUAUUUGGAGAGAUUCGGCCAGAUCCUCAUAAACGCCUGAAGAAAUUUCUAUCUCCUGCUUUCACAGUCUCAUAUGUCGAUAAUCUCGAGUUUUUAUUCUCCACGUGCAUCGGUGAUCUCAUUAGAAAAUACGAUGAUUUGCUCUCUUCACCAUCAUCUAAUAGCACACCAGUGGUUACGGAUAUCAUGCAAGAUCUUCAUAAUAUUGCACUUGAUAUUAUGGGCGAAUGCUCUUUCGGGAAAGGCUUCGGUCAGACAAAUCCAUCACAGAAUUUCGAGCUGGAUCUUGAAAUGGAUGAGAAAGUUUGGAAGAGAAUCCCAACAGCAAUUUUCAAAGGAAUGACUCAGAGAUAUCAGCUUGUUUAUAUUAAACGUUCAUUACGGCGUUUAGGCUUCAAGUUCGAAUUCGACUGGCCCCGAGAAAUGAUUUCGGCCAUCGGAGCUGUGAGAGGGCAAAGAAUCACCAUCCCGGACAAAGUCCGCCCAGACCUUCUCCAACACCUUAUCGACGAGGGAAUGAAUCCCGACAGUGGCGUCAAAAUGGGGACAAGAGAAGUGAUCGACCAAAUGGCCGAAAUUCUCCUAGCUGGCUCGGAGACUACCUCUGGAACAGUUGCUUGCUUUUUCUUAGAAGUCCUCAGGAAUCCAGACGUGAAAGAGAAACUGGUGAAGAGCCUCCCAGUGCUAGGUCCAAAUGCUCCGAUGAUUUCAAGUCAAAAGGUCCGUGCUGGUGUUGAAUUCGAGUAUCUGGAAGCCUGCAUCAAAGAGGUUCUCAGACUACACCCGAUAGCUUCCGAAAUGGGUCGCAGGACUGGCGCCAACUCUAUUGAGCUGAUGGGUUAUCAUCUUCCUCCCUAUACUGUUGUGUCCGCUUCGUAUAGGGAGCUUCAUCGCGACCCGAAGCACUGGCUUGAACCCAUGCGAUUUUGGCCAGAAAGGUGGCUGCAGAAUCGGCCAGAAGGAGUCCCGGCUCCAAACAUGCAAGCCUACUACCCAUUCUCCGCGGGCAAACAUGCUUGCAUCGGAAAAAACUUUGCAUUGGCCGACAUAAGAAUGGUGACAGCGAACUUGUUCUCACGUUUCGAUUUUGUGGAAGUUUCAGGGCAACGUAUUGACUUUAGGCAAUAUAUCACGAUGCAGUUUGAGCAUGGAUCUUGGAAGGCUUUCCUUAAGCCUCGAUAUGAAUGCUAA